AAACGGGUUGUUUUAAAAAAUAUAUCAAUUUGCUUCAGUUCAAAAUGAGUUUAUAUUAUGAUAAUUUCGGGUUGAAAUGAGUCAUUUUUGAAAAAAAAAUGAACAUGUAAAUGGGUUCAUGUGCUAUAUUUAAUUUAGCAGCGAGGAGGCGGUGAUGGUGGUGGUGGUGGUGGUGACAACGGUGGUGGUAGUGAUCGUGACGGAGGUGGCCACAACAAUGGGGGCUAUGGCGACCAUUAGGGGGAGACUGCGGCAGUGUUAGUGGUGGCGACACAACAACCGGUACUAGUCGCAACAAACAAUGGUUGUGAGUGUUGCUCGUCCAUUUAAAUAUAUUUUAACUUAGCAAGUGUCAUAAGUGACACUUUGUUUAGUUUGGGUCCUAUUAUGGCCUAAUAACCCGGUCAUAGGCCCAAAGCCCCGUUCCCAUUUUUUGUCGAUGAAGUUUCAAGGCUACUAUAUUGGGCUUUCUUGAAUCAUGAUCCAUAUGCCCUUUCUUCUGGGCUAACCCAAUCAACAACAAUGAUAAACCUGGUGUUAGACUUUAAUGAUGCCUAAUAAUAUUUCAAAUCUUGAGGUUUCAUUAAAACUUUAUUUUAAUACUUUAACCUAUUUUCAAAAGCCUGCACGUUAGAGUUUUAUAUACGUUAGGGUAUCCGGGGCACACUCGGGGAGUGAAUGCGGUGACCCCUAACCCCGAUCAGGAACACUGCCGCCAUCAACGCGGGGACCCGAUUCGGGGAAGGGUUUCGGUGUGUAUUCACCGCGUUGAGUGGCACAUUUUUUGAGGAACGGUCAUAUUAAAACGGUCGAAUUUAAAAAAAAAAAUUCACUUUUUAAACAAAUAUAAAUAACCACACCCUUCACUCAUUUUUUAUACUCUCAAACCACACCCUUCACUCAUUUUUUAUACUCUCAAAUCACACCCACUUCACUCAUUUUUUAUACUCUCAAAUCACACCCACUUCACUCAUUUUUUAUACUCUCAAACCACACCCACUUCAAACCGAGCAAUGGAGAACCAAUCCCGCGAAGCCAAGAAAAAAACUAAGGGACGGGGCUCGCAACCGUCUCGUGGUGGUUCGAGCGGUGCAAGUGCACAACCACAACCCCCUUUCGGAUAUACUUCACAACCCCCUUUUUUUCCAACAACCUUCACACCCCUCCUUUUACAACACCCAACCACCCAACCUUCAACCCAAUUUCGGCUAUUUUCAAAAUUUGUUAUCAAUGGAUGCUCCUCCUCAAUCCCCCGCCUUCGACCCAUAUGGUUUUCGUUCCCCACAAGUUCCAUCUACACGAGGAAAUGUUGAACGUCCUCUACCUAUUUACGACGACGAGGACGAUGAGGUAGUGCCCGAAACUCAAAAUUUGGGCGACGAGGACGAGCACGAGGACGAUGAAUAUAAUGUGGAUGAAGACGUGGGCAACGAAGAAGAUGACGCUCGGGAUAAAAAGGGAAAAAUGACGAGCGAAAAAUGGACAAAGGUCCAAGAAGAGGCGUUGGCGAAGGCGUGGGUACAUUGCUCUACCAACAAAAAGAGGGGCAAUCAACAAAACCGCGAUAGUUUUUGGCGUAAGAUUUUAGAUCAUUUUAACGCCACCGAUGGUGGAAGUAAUCGGACCGUGCAUCAAGUACGGUCUAAAUGGAACCCGAUGCUGACGAAAAUAAACUUUUUCAACGGCCUAUACCAACAAGCGGAUCGCACACGAGAAAGCGGAUGUAAGGAUCUCGAUGUGAUGAAAGUCGCUUUAAAAGAAUUUAAAGAGAGAUUUCCGAACGGUUUUCAACAUGUCGAGGCGUGGGAUGUCGUUCGAAAACACGACAAAUGGGCCCAAGUCCCAUUGUUGGGUGAGGAAGGGGAAGGUUCGGCACAAAAAAGAAAGCCCGUUGACGUGGACCCUUCGAUACCCGAUAUGAACGAAGACUCCUCGCCACAAAUGUGACAACUCAAAUUUCCAAGAUUUCUAUUUCGUAUUUA